GCAACCCGCGACGUUCUUGGACAGUGAACUAAAGCGACUUCCGCAUUCUGUAGGUGUUCUGAUCUCGGUUCCUGAUCGCCUUAGCUUGCAGAGCUCAUUGUCACCUUGUCAAGUGCUCAGUAGCAAAGUUUGGUUCGAUGGCGUUCGGCAUUGGGAAAGUGUUGAUAAUGCCUUUGAUGGUUAUCAACUUCGGCCUGUACUUUAUUGCUGCUUGCCUGGCUGGGUCCAUCUUGAACCGGAACCUUGAUGCUAACAUGCACCGAAAUGACGACAUUCAGAUCGGCAACGUCGCCACAGUUAAUUUCAUCCCGUUCGCAUUGAUUGCGUGCAUGGCUGGUCUAGCAUCAGUAUUUGCAGGAGGUCACCAUAUCCGCAUCUGGCGAACAGAGAGCCUCGCGGCUGCUGCUGCUACGUCUUUGAUCGCGUGGUUGCUCACCCUCUUAGCCAUGGGCCUAGCUUGCAAGGAGAUCCACACCAGUUACGGCCGCACCAAGCGACUUAAAACUUUGGAAGCGUUCAUGAUCAUCCUGUCGCUCUUCGAAUUGUUGUACUUGCUCGCCCUACAUGCUGGUUCUGUACAUACAAACGAUGGGGUUGUCAACACCACUGGCCACAGGGGAGUGAAGAACCCCAACUACGGCACUCCAGCAGCAACCGCCGUCUAGAUGACGUAAACCUGAUGCAGGAUAUUCAGUAUUCUUGCAACUAGGGGUGCCAUUGCAAUAUGCUUUUCUUCCACAGCCACUAGCCCGCAGGCAUUUUGUACAGUGUACCAUGUUUUGUCCACCAGUGACUGAAAUAAUAAAAAAAAGAAAAGAAAAAUGUUCAGUGAUGAAUAUUUUUCUUAUCUUAAUUACCGCA